UACAACGUGUAUCAAGUGUGUAAUACCCAUAAACACUUUCACUAUUUAUCACUAUGACGUUACUUAGAACUAUACGCAGUGUUUUCACGAUAAAUUCUAGGAAAUAUAGUUCUAAUUUGCAGAUUAAAAAACCGCCGAAAAUUUUAAUAACUGGUGGUCUGGGUCAACUUGGCGUCGAAUGCGCCAAAUACCUCCGAGGGAAGUAUGGACGUGAAAAUGUUCUACUAUCUGACAUAAUCAAACCAACCACAGAGGUUUUCAACGAUGGUCCUUACAUUUUUGCGGACAUUUUAGACUUUAAAGGACUCCAGAAAAUUGUUGUGAACCAUAGAGUUGACUGGCUAAUACAUUUCUCAGCUCUGCUCAGCGCAAUUGGUGAACAAAAUGUCCCUCUAGCAGUAAGAGUGAAUAUAGAAGGAAUGCAUAACGUUAUAGAGCUUGCCAAGCAAUACGGGCUGAGAAUUUUCGUACCCAGCACGAUAGGAGCGUUUGGACCAGACUCCCCGAGGAAUCCAACUCCCAACAUAACUGUGCAAAGACCUAGAACUAUUUAUGGUGUUUCAAAAGUGCACGCGGAACUAUUGGGUGAAUAUUACUAUUACAAGUUUGGAUUGGACUUCCGUUGUCUACGGUUUCCGGGAGUUAUAUCGAGUGAUCCACCUGGCGGAGGCACUACAGACUAUGCAAUCGCUAUAUUCCAUGAUGUUAUUCGUAAAGGCCGAUAUGAGUGCUAUCUCAAACCCGACACGAUGCUGCCUAUGAUGCAUGUUAGAGACGCACUACGCGCCUUGUCGGAAUACUUAGAAGCUCCCAAUGAAAUGUUACAAAGAAGAGUCUAUAAUGUCACGUCAAUGAGCUUCACCCCUGAAGAGCUGGCUGAUCGGAUGGUUAAACACUUGCCUGAAUUCCAAAUCACAUACAAGCCUGACAGUAGGCAAGAAAUAGCUGACUCGUGGCCUCAAGUGUUUGACGACAGUGAAGCCCGUAGAGAUUGGAACUGGAAACCUCAAGUUGACUUGGACGACCUAGUUAAACUUAUGGUAAAAGAAGUCAAAGAAAAAAUAGCUGCUAAUGGUUUUUAAAAAUAGAAUAAUUUAUAAAAUGGUUAUCUUUGUUUAAGCAUCGGUGGUGAGAAAAACAUCAACCAAUCAUAUAAGUUUCAGUUGAAUCGAUUUUAUUGGUUGAUUCUUUCUUACCUACCUAGCGCACAGCUUCCUAGCGCAUCUUUGUCUGUGGGGUUAAGGAUAUAUUUUAGACAACCUACCUUUACGUAUCCAUAUUAAUACUACAAAUGAGAAAAUAUGUCUGUUUGCUUAUUAUUUUUUAACCUAUGUUCGGCUAAACGACUGCACCGAUUUUCGAUAAGAUUAGGCACAUAGGAUAGCUAAUUUUCUAGAGAUCAACAUAGAAUAAUUAUUUCUUUUCCUGAAAAAACACCGGUCUAACUUUUUGGGGGACUUUGUUACAUGAAUAGCGAAACCAACCUUGGCAAUAUUUUGCAUAGACAUAACUUGCAUACUUUUUAUCCCGGGAAAAUAAGGUUCCCGCGGGAUCAUAAUGACACCGAUAAAAGAGACAAAGAAGUAUGGACCAAGUCGCUGACAAUUACCGAUUUUGAAUAAAAACUAGCAGCGACACUAUAUAUAUUUA